AUGCGGAUCGAAAAAUGCUACUUCUGCUCAACCAAUGUAUAUCCAGGCCAUGGUAGUGCCUUUGUCCGAAACGAUGCGAAAGUCUUCCGGUUCUGCACUUCAAAAUGCCAUAAAAAUUUCAAAAUGAAACGCAACCCACGAAAGGUUCGAUGGACGAAGGCCUUCAGGAAGGCCGCAGGAAAAGAGAUGACAAUAGACUCGACGAUCGACUUCGAGAAGAGAAGAAACGUACCUGUACGAUACGAUCGGGAGCUCAUACAGACUACUAUCAAGGCUAUGAAACGUGUUGGGGAGGUCAAGAAACGAAGGGAACAUGCGUUUUGGAAACACCGUAUGGCCGUUGCUCGCGAAAAGCAUCGCGCGCACAGGAACAAGGUCAAGGAAGCGGCAAUAAAAAAGUCUGUCACACUUGUGCAACCCACAACUGUCGAAUCUCCCGCGAAGAUCAAAGAAAAGAUCAAGGUCUCUACGAAAUCACGGUCUGCGUUGGUCUCAGGCGAAGGUCGGUCCAUGGAUAUGGAACUCGAUUAA